UCUUGAGGUUGAGCGCGGCUUGUUUCAUAGCGCCAUAACGUCGUUUUAGUUCACUUCAGUUCACUGUGUUCACGGAUUAUUCCAACAGGUGGCUUAUUGUUUGAUUCGUUAUAAUUGCAAUAGUAGCAUGAUGCAAUGUUAAAAAUGAUUACAACGCAGUCACAUUCGUUAACAACCAUCCAGCCGUCCACACAACUUUGUCAAAAACAAAAUAGAUGAUGAAAAUCUAAAUCGUCAACUCAUGUUGCACAACGGUAAGCAAGCAAUGAUUACACAACGGGACCGUCUAAAUCCUCUAGCCUGGUACGAAACUCGUUGCGGGUGCGAGAGGCGGCGAUGAUCGGCGGCAGAAGGCUCCAGGACGAGGCCGCGCGACACGAAAAAGCCCCGCGUGCCACUGACAGGCGCAGAGCUGGCAGAUCAAGCGCGACUGCCGCUACCGCCCGGGUGGCACGCUGUGAUACAGCAGUACGUGGGCUGAAUAGGGGCCUGAACGCCACCGGAGCCCGCGAGUCAUUAGAGGUCCUGAAUACAGCGAGGCCGUCGCUGUGGGUGGCAAGGUCACUAACACCGCGCCAGCCCAGCGCUUGAACAGUCGCCGCCACUGAAUCCCGCACGACGAGCAUCGGUGGCGAUUCUGAGCCCAAAGUUUAUCACCCCUUGGGCCCUGUUUAGGUGACACGCUUCAGCCCUACCCCAGACGGAGAGACAGCACAGAAGAUGAGGGAAAACAUGAAGCUGGAUGAGAGUUAACGAACCUCGAGCGUAAGGCGAUGGCGAGUUCUUCACAAGCAGGAAAGAAUUGAGUUGCACUUUUUGACGACAUAAUAAGCAUCAUAAGCAGAACCGCCCGCACGGGGUUCCACCAACUGGUGCCGGAGAAAGCGGCUAAACCAGCGCAACGACGAGCUCCAGCAGACCCGUCGCCUGUGCGCAUGUAUGACAACAUGAUGUAUGGCGCUCUAGCCAGAGACAGCAGAACACCUGUGACGUCACAGCUCGGGCCGCACGUUUAGCGGCGCAGAUGCUGUUGCGCCCGGCCGUCGGGUCGGCGUGCUGGCCGGCGGAGGGCCCUGGCGACAGCCGCCACUCGCCGUCAGAGGCCCGGCCGGGGAGGUGGGGGCGGGCGCGUGCAUCCUGCUCCUAUCAGAGGUGUGAGCCGUGGUUGGAAACCCAGCGAGCACACUAUCACGGCUCCGUCAUGUUUCCAUCGCGCGCUCUUCUGCUGCUCCUGGCGGCCUGCUUCGUCACCUGCGAGCUCGACAUCACCAUCCUCCACAACAACGACAUUCACGCGCAUUUCGACCCGGUCAGCGCCACCACGGGAGAGUGUAAGGACUCUGGCCAGUGCUACGGCGGCAUAGGCAGGCUGGUCCACGCAGUCAACACCUACAAGCAGAACGUGCCGCACACUCUGAUGCUCUACGGUGGCGACAUCUUUCAAGGUCAUAAAUACUACACGAUGUUCAAGUGGCACGUGGCUGCGGACAUGAUCAACCGGGUGCAAUAUGAUGCCAUGGCUCUGGGCAACCACGAGUUUGACGACGGCCUGACCGGCCUGCUGCCUUACAUGGACAACGUGUCGCAUCCACUGGUGUGCACCAACAUCGACUUCGGACCUCACGCCUCUCCCAUCACGGCCCUGUGCCGCUCCAGCAUCAUCCGGCAAAUCGGCGACCAUAUGGUCGGCAUCAUGGGCUUCACCACCGUCGAAACGCCGGAGCUAGCGAGCGUCGCUCGCGGAAUUCGGUUUGUGGACGAGAUUGAAGCGCUGCAGGCAGAAGCUUUGCGGCUGCAGAAGCAGGGUGCCCAGAUCAUCAUAGCUGCCGGCCACUCUGGCUACAUCCGGGAGAAGGAGAUGGCGGAGAAAAUUGACGGCAUCGACGUCAUCGUCGGAGGGCACUCGCACUCCCUGCUCUACUCAGGCGAAGCCCCCCACGGCAACCCCGUGGAGGGCCCCUACCCGACGGUGGUGCUGCAGCCCUCUGGCCGUACCGUGCUGGUCGUGCAAGCGUACCAGUACGGCAAGUACCUGGGCGUGCUGAACGUGACGUUUGACGGUGACGGCGAAGUGCAGUCGUGGUCAGGCCAGCCGGUGGUCCUGGACGGGCCGGAGGACCAGGAGGCCAUGGAAGCCCUGCAAAAGUACAGGGACUUGCUUCACGCGGAGGAGGCCAAGGUGAUCGCUACCAGCCUGGUGCACCUGUCUGGGGACCGGGCCGACUGCAGACAGCAGGAGUGCAACAUCGGCAACCUCAUCACCGACGGCAUGCUUAGGGCUGUACUGCAGCCCUAUGAGAGCGGUUGGAGCAAAGUGACAGCGGCGAUAUGCCAGGGCGGCGGCAUUCGGCAGUCGAUCCGCAAGGGCAACGUCAGCGAAGCUCAGAUCAAGGCUGUGCAGCCUUUCGGCAACAUGCUGGACGUGCUGCUGGUGACAGGAGACACGCUCUGGAAGGCGUUCGAGCACUCCGCGUCCGCUCACGACGAGAUCAAGGGCGGCUUCCUACAGAUCUCCGGUCUGCGCGUGCUCUACGACCUCAGCAAGCCGUUGGGAUCACGUGUCCAGCGGCUGGAGAUCGCCUGCUCGCAGUGUUCGGUGCCGAAGCUGGAGCCGGUGCUACGCAGCCGGCAGUACCGCGUUGCUAUGCCAGGUUUCCUGGCCGGUGGAGGCGACGGCUACGACAUGUUUGACAAGGAGAAGCUCUAUCAUUUGCGCACCGGACUGACAGAUGUGGACGUCUUCGUCAAUCAAGUGAAGAGGAUGUCGCCUGUUAUCACUGGCGUUGAGGGACGCAUUUUCUUCGUGUGCGAUGGCAGUACCAGCUCCAUCUGGUGCUGACCUGAACUGCGCUGUGUGCUGUGCUGUAGAUGGAUGUGCCAGUUAUCGGAUCAGCCUUUGUGGUGGGAAUAUCAGGUAUGACUGUUUUAGCUGUGCGAAAAUCACGCAUCUUGACUAACUGGUGACCAACGUCUGUACUGAUUGCGCUAUUUUAUUCGAAAAGAAAUAAACGUGCCUGCAUGAA